AGCCACGCUGGCUCACGAAGCCUGUCUUGCGACCCGCACGCUUAAGGGUACGCCUAAGGCGUUCCCAGCGAGCGGUCAGGACGGCUAUUGGCCAAUGGUUUUUGGCAGUGGACGUUUAGAUGAUGGUUGGACACGCCCUCGUAGGCUAGAGGGACCCGCUGGCCAUGGCUCGGCACCCGAGAGGUUCCCUCCUUGUGAGCCGAUAGACAGAGACUUCUUAUUGGAGGCGCCCCAUGCGGAGCUGAUCAGACACUCCAGUGAGCGUUCGAGCACCUCGAUUGGAAGAAGAUGUGCCCUUGUGGUGAUCUGCUGCCUGGCCAUGGCGCUUGUACUGGCCUUGCGCGCGCUUCCGCACUCGGGCCCAGGGAGCGUCCUCUCCGACUUGCAAUCCUCGCAGGCGCUAUGGCUCAGCUCUGGUUGGGUUCCAGUCGGUGGCUUCGGCACGACCUGUGUCGGAGGGACCAGCGACGAGGCGAAUGCCAAGUAUGCUAACUUUGCCACUGCCUUGCUGGGGUACCUCUCGCGUUCGAUCAGCACGCGUCACCACGAGAUCUCCAGCCUGGGUGCUUGCACCGCGCUGUGCGAGUCCGACGCCACUUGCAGGGGCAUCGGCUUCUCCAACGAAUCGCACGUCUGCGAGAUCUGGACAGGCGAGAUAGUUCCAGGCCCCCCAGCCAGCAACACUGUCUGCCUGCUCCGCCCCCAGCUCGGCCAAACCAGUCCCGCAGGCGCCAGCGAUGCCCAGACACUCCUGCCAGCGAUGCCAGUCCCGCAGGCGCCAGCGAUCCCAGUUGCUCAGAGCACGAGCCGCCCAGACGCUCCUGCCAGCGAUGCCACCGUGCUCUCCGCUCCUGCCCCGAGCACCACUGAAGAGCUGGACGAGAGCUUCACGGCAGUCAUAGAUCCGCUCACCACCGCGCGGCCGCUGGACUGGUUCCUCGAAAUCGACGGAGGAACGGGGAGAAAAUGCGGCCAGGUGAACGAGAGCACGCGCGGUCCUCCUGGCAGCGGCAAGGACGUCAUCAUCGUUCCCUGGCCAGUGUCCUCGCUGCAGGACUGCAAGGGGGUCUGCGUCAACGCCUCGCUGUGCCGGGCCAUCGAGUUCGACGAGGUGGGCAAGAUCUGCCAGGUGCACUACAACGAGGUGCAGUCCACCGUCGCGAAGCAGGGGGCCACGUGCCUUGCUUUCAGGCCCCAGGGGGUGGCGAGCAGCGUGUGCCCGAAGGCGUGGCCGAAGCCAGCCGAGCCGUGGUGCUCCAAGGUAGGCGAGAACUGCCUGGAGACGGGCUGCUGCGAGGACUCCAGCCUCAACUGCUUCGCCAAGGACGGAUUCUGGGCCAGCUGCAAGGCGCACUGCGAGCCUGGGCAGAUCGACGCCGUGGGGGACGUGUACCUAACCCCCUGGAGCUGCGACCGCAUCGGCUGCGGCAGCUACCCCGGCCGCUUCGUGCCACCAGGGCGCUGGUGGACCCCGCCAGACACCGGCACGACCCACAAUGGGGCGCGGCUUCCAGACGUGUACAUACCUGGCCAAGGUCCGCACCACGUGUUCAUCAUCGGUGACUGGGGCGGGAAAAUGGAGGGUGGAAACAUCGUUCCUGCACGCCACGUCGAGCGUAGAGAGUUCCAAGCGUUCGUUCCUGGCGUGGACGACAAUGCCCAAUUCCGCGUCCGUGACGUUAUGCGAGGCCGGGCGCCUACAUCACGACCUGAGUAUGUGCUCAAUGUGGGUGACAAUUUCUAUUGGGCUGGAAUUGAGAAAGGAUGUCUUGAUGGGGCUAUCACUGAUGUGGGGACAAACCAGUUCGAGGAAAUCUACGAGAAGGUGUACUCUGGUGAUGGACUGGACGGCAGGCAGUGGCUGGGUGUCCUGGGGAAUCACGAUGCACACCGCUUUGCGGGGGAUACGGCCAGACAGGCUUGCAAUUUGCUCCAUUUGGCGGGCGACAGAAUUUCUUGCUCUUGGGUGGUGAGUCUUAAGCUCGCCCCCCGGGUCGCGCGCGGUUUUCCCUCCUCCGCCUUGUCACCCUCAUCAUCGUCCUCGUGAGCCUCCUCGUCCCCGCACUCCUCUUCCUCCUCGUUUUUUUCUGGUCCUCCGCCCUUCUUUCCCUUCGCCUGCUGCUCCUCCUGUCCCCCUCCCGAGGCUCCUCCUCGCUCCCUCGUCCUC